AUGUCUCUCUCUCGCCCUCUAAGAUAUUAUCCGCCUGAGGAUACCAACAAUAGCAAGAAACCCAUCGGGUUCGAGAACUUGUGCCGCGUAUGCAACAACUUCCAGUACUGUGAAGACUUCGAACGAGUGCACGCAUUAGAUGGCCGUCGCACCCAGCGAACCCGAAUUCGCGGAGAUGCUAAAUUCUAUAUCAUCACCCUUUUCACGAAUCACCUCCUCCGUGAUAGUAAGAAUGAACACGGAGACGACGACGACCAGUACGCGACCAUCGAGGAUGCCGACAGGCUCCGUGACUGUCCAUACUGCCGAUUGAUUUUCAACGCUCUCAACCUCUUCUUCAAAGACGGUACCACAAACUGGAGAGAGGAUGCCAGGGAGUGUUCUACCCUCUGCGUCGAGGUCAAGAUUCGACCAGGCCAGCCCCUGGUAUUGGGUUGCCAAAUGGCCUUCAUUGUCCAUCACGAAUUCACCCUUCUUCGAGCUGAUGUUGAAGUCUUCACCCUGGAUCGGGGCUCUUUGACCGAUUCUGACUUCCCCUGCGUGGAAAUGGAGUUCCCAGAAAACGAGGACACGCAAAAACACCGUGCAAGUGAAGGCUUCUUUCGAUACUGGUUCCGAGGCUGUUCGAAUCACAAGGACGCCACGGACCAAUGCUAUAGCAUCCCUAAUCGGUUGCUCUAUCUCGACUAUGACAACGAUGAUGUUGUACUGUGGGAGCGUAUGUCCAACCCGCCGGGAAUGCCAGACGUCCCGGAGCGGAUAGAGUACGCGACCCUGAGCCAUACUUGGGUCAAUACCGACCCAGGGGUUCCUAAACUCCUCAAAUCCAACAUAGACGAGUGGAAGGAUGAGGGCAGGACGAUUUCCGGCUUGCCUGCGGCUAUUAGAGACGCUGCCAGGGUCGCACACCUCAACGAUAUUCAUUUCCUCUUUGUCGACUCCCUGUGCAUUAUCCAGGACAGCCAAGAGGAUCUCAGGAUGCAACUACCCAUGAUGGGCAGCUACUUUCGAGAUUCCAUCCUGACUAUUGUGGCAGCAUCAGCUCUUACGGUGAAUGAUGCGUUUCUCCAUCCUCCAAAGAAGGACUGGAUCACCAAGCAGCUUGAAUUUGUAGCCCCAAGCGGUGCCGAAGCUACCAUGACGCUGCGUAGAAAGUUCUCCCGUCCCGAGACCCCCUUGGAUGCCCUCGACAAGUCAUCGCAUAUUGUUAAAAUUGCCCCCGGGUCGUUUCGGCGAACCGGUCCGCUCUACGGACGACACUGGUGCCUUAACGAAGCUCUCCUGGGAACUCGCGUAAUUCACUUCACGUCGGCUGGGGUCAUGGCCCAGUGCAAACGCCAUGACUGUACUCGCGAAGGGGUCAAGGAGUACAGGAGGGCCGAUUGGACCCAAGGGAUGCCGGAGAGAUACGGGGCCCGCGAUGCGUCGGAAUUGUGGCUUCAUGCCGUUGAGUUCCAUACCUCGUGCGAAAUGCUCCGCGCAGAAGACAGACUUUCCAAGUUAUCAGCCUUGGCCUCCAUGUCUGACAUGGGAAUUCAAGACCGGUAUGUCGCAGGCCUCUGGGAGAAGAGCAUGACCACGGGUCUGCUGUGGGAGGUGAACUUUCGCCCAGGCCAAACUAACACGAACAAGAUCAAGAUAACUCUGCCCUUCAAGAAGCAAAAGGCGCCGUCCUUCUCUUGGGCCUCUGUUGAUACGCCGGUUGUGUGGCGACACAAGCACUGGACUGCCAGGCCCGAGGCAAGAAUCACUGGGUGUGGCAGCAUCCCCACGGACCCCAAUGACCCAUGCGGCAGCGUUGAUGGAGCCUGGAUUCAUGUGGAAGGCCUUUUGCUGGAGUGUGAAGUCAGCCAGACGCUCGCGGGCGCCGGAGGAGACCGCUGGCAGCUUGCCCACUUUAUCUGCAAGGACGAUAGAACGAUUAAGACGUAUCCCUUUGUUGGAGAUGGUGCGCUUGCCACGGUCAAGUCUAAGGGGGCUCUGGAGCUGCUGCGUGUACGACAUGCUGCCAAAACUAGACUGCGGUUGUUGAAGAAGGGGCUGCUGGGCGAAAAGCAACGCAACCCGCGCCUUACGCGUGCAUUCUUGACGCGGAACCUUUUCGAGUAUCAGCGCAAUGUUCUGGGGCCCAAGACAACCAGAGGGAUGGCGUUUGUGCUUUGUAUCAGGCAGAGAGGAGACUAUGAUGAGAUGCGUGGGGGCAUGAUAUUCGAUAGGUGGGAUGGGCUGGUGUUGACUCGGUCGAUGAGAUACCUCGGAUUGUUUGAGCGGAUUGGCUGCAUUAGAGAUUUGCCGAGUACGAUGCUCGACUUUAAUGACCCGUUUUACUCCGUUACAAUAGUCUAGGGCCAUCUUGGGGAAAUGACGGGUGUCUUGGUUUUCCUUGGAGUUUGUUUGUGUUUUUGGUUGGCCAGCUGUGACUGGAGGUUUCUUAUGUAGUCGGAUUUCCUUGGUGCGUUUCCUUGGUGCGUUUCCUUGGUGUGUUUUCCUUGGUGUGUUUUCCUUGGUGUGUUUUCCUUGGUGUGUUUGUCUCGUCAGUUUCUUUUCUUUUAUUGGGUGCUGAUUUGUUCGAGAGGUAUUGUGAAUGGGGAGAAGAGAGAAACAGAAAAGGUGAAGAAUAAAAAAAGGAGCGAGAGGGAGAACGUGGAGGAGGCGGAGGAAAAGAGAAAACGAGGUUUGAGGGAGAGGGAAUUAGAUGAGAAGAUUUCUUUAUUCUUUUUACCAAUUCAAUGCCG